GUGCAGCAUAAAUAAAUUCGGCUGAAGUAUUAGCGGGUUUAAGUGCAUGUUUGACCCGACCUCGGCAUACCCCAGAUGAUAAAUCCCCCCCAUGAAAAAAAGAGCAAGCAGAGAGCGGUUUCGGGAUGCGGAGGGAGAGGCAUGUGGAAAGAAGGGUCCAGGACCCACCCACACACCCCCCCUCCCCCCGGCUACACCGCCGGCAUCAAUUAUGCAGCGGGAAUGGCAGGCAGGCAGCCGCCCGCGGGCCGCGCUAACAGCAUUAGCCAGCACUUAGAGUGAGCGGCUUUCUCGCGGCGGCUCGGCACAGCGCAGGAAGGCGGGAGCCGCGCGAUGGGCCAGCGCCAGGGCCAGCGUCCGCACGGCUAGGCGCCCAUGUCCGUGUCCGACUCCAGCGCCACCUUUCUCAUCAGCCAGCCCUUCCCUCACCAGGGCUCAGCCGAUUCGUACACAAGUAGACCCUCGGAUUCCGACCUGUCCGCGGAGGAGGACCGCGAGGCGUAUCGGCGUGAAGCCGAGCGCCAGGCCCAGCUGCAGCUCGAAAGGGCAAAGACCAAGCCGGUAGCAUUCGCGGUGAAGACAAACGUCAACUACUGCGGGGCCCUAGAUGAAGAUUGUCCUGUUCAGGGUGCUGCUAUCAACUUCGAAGCCAAAGACUUUUUACACAUUAAAGAGAAAUACAAUAAUGACUGGUGGAUCGGGAGGCUAGUGAAAGAGGGGGCGGACAUCGCCUUCAUCCCCAGCCCCCUCCGACUGGAAGCCAUGCGGCUCAAGCAGGAGCAGAAACAGCAGAGGAAAACUGGAGGGAAUUCGUCCUCCAGCCUGGGUGACAUGGUGUCUGGUGGGUGGAGGUCCACGCCCCCUUCUGCAGCCAAACAGAAGCAAAAGCAGGCGGAGCAUGUCCCCCCCUACGAUGUGGUCCCAUCCAUGAGGCCUGUUGUUCUAGUUGGCCCUUCACUGAAAGGUUACGAGGUAACAGACAUGAUGCAGAAGGCACUCUUUGACUUCCUGAAGCACAGGUUUGAUGGGAGGAUCUCCAUCACAAGGGUGACUGCUGAUCUGUCUUUGGCCAAGAGGUCUGUCCUCAACAAGAGAGCUAUCAUGGAGAGAUCUAACACGCGUUCCAGUUUAGCGGAGGUCCAGAGUGAAAUCGAAAGGAUCUUCGAGCUGGCCAAGACCCUGCAGUUAGUGGUUCUGGACGCGGAUACCAUCAACCACCCGGCGCAGCUCGCCAAAACCUCGCUGGCCCCCAUCAUCGUUUAUGUCAAGGUCUCCUCGCCAAAGGUCCUACAGAGGCUGAUCAAGUCUCGGGGGAAAUCUCAAAGCAAGCACCUGAACGUACAGAUGAUGGCCGGAGACAAGCUGGCCCAGUGCCCCCCUGAGAUGUUCGAUGUCAUCCUCGAUGAGAACCAGCUGGAGGACGCGUGCGAGCACCUGGCCGAAUACCUGGAGGUGUACUGGCGUGCCACUCACAUGCCUGGCUCUGGCCCCAUGAACCCCCUCCUGGAACAAAGCCUCAUGACCCCGCCCUCAGCCGUCUCCAGCCUGCAGGAUCAGCAGCUGCUCUCCGGGGGGGAGGUGGGGGGUGCCGACGAGGACGACGUGGCCGAGCCCCACUCACCCGUGGAGCAGGACAGCCUCAUGCCCUCCGACGAGGCCAGCGACUCUCUGUCCCGUGGUAGGAGGGGGGGCUCGCGCCGCCUCUGCCCCGAGGAGGAAGAUGAGGAGGAGGAAGAGGAGGAAGAGGAGGAGGAAGAGGAGUACGAGCCCCCCCGCCACGCUCACACUUACCGCGACAUGUACCCACCUCACCGCAGCCACCCCGCCGGCGUGCACAGUGCCAACGGGCAUGAAUCCCAGGACCGCCUGCUGCAGCGUGACGCCCAGGGGAGCCACAACCCGCGCAACAGCCGACAGCGCGCUCGGCCCUGGCCGAGGGACCACUACUGAGACUGGGGGUGGGGGCUUGAGGAUGUCAGGGGGCGGGGCUUUGUGGCAGGGAUGGGCUACGAUUCGUGCAUGUGGGACAGGUGACCUACACUGACAGGCCUCUGGUCCAAUCGGCUUCACUCCCACCUGGGAUGGGGCCUAUUGUGCCACAGCCUUUGGACGGCAGCAGGAGGCGGGGGGUAUAGAGACAGGGUACCUGCUGUAUUCCCGUGGUUCCCUGCCCCCACAUCAUCCCAUGGACACAGUCGUGAGCCCUAAUGCCCGAAUGCCAGGAUGCUUCCUCCAGUGAAGGUCUGGCAGUCUGCUGGCAGACGGUGUUCAGAGGGUUAUUAGGAAGGAACAAGGCAACAGAUAAGAGAAGCCAGUCCAAGUGGGGCCCCCGGAAACAUUAAUAUAUCAUAGAGUGGAGAGAAUAUGGGGGCUGGGUUGCGGCUGGGGUGGGGCCGCGCGGGGGGCGGGGCGAGUGUUGACCUGCUGACCUUCUGAGGGCAUGCUGAGGAUGUAUUGGUUUCUCUAAUCUGUUGUAUUUGCUUCAUCUCCACCCAUCUUUAGAAGUAAGAGGGAUCAAUUAAGAACCUAAUAGCCACUACAAGACCCCCUGGAUCAGAGCCACGAGUGAGUAUUUAAUGGCCCUAUAACUGGGGGGGGGGGGUGAACUGAUGCAGGUCCUCUUGUUUGUGGUAUCCAGAACUGUAAUGGCCAGGGCAUUUAGGGUGGGGCCAAUCUCUGAUCACUGCCCCCACCUCCCCCAGACUGAGGUCAGAUUGAAGGCACAUAUAAUUUAGGGUCACAGGGUGACACAUAGAGCAGUGCUAAGGCCCUUGUCUGUGUGUGUGUGCGUUUAGAUGUGCAGUGUGUCCUAUUAUUAAGCAAGAGACUUUUUGCUUCCGAUUCCAUGGCCACCAGCCCUUCAUUCUCUCUUCCUCCCUCUUCCCCCUCUCCUUUAUCAAAAUUAUUGUCUGAUUGAGUUAUGGUUAAUUAUUACGAACGACACGAUUAACUGCCUAUCUAGGGAAUUACCUUAAUUCCCUAAUACAGUCCAGAGUAGUAUUCAGCUGCCUUUCUGCUCUGUGACCCGUGACCCUUGACCCCUGACCCCCAGCCAGCACUCACAAAUGUAAACGCAUGGAAAUCAGAUGAAAGACACGCAUCUUGGGCGUCAGCUUCCGUCCAGGACCGAGCUGUUCCCAAAAAUCAGCAACCAGCUGACUUUCGGGGGAUCUGCUAUUUCCAGAAACAACCAGAUGUUCUGGCUGAACUGUCGAACCCCCAGCGCAGGCGUGUCAGAUGGGGCCAUAAGAAGGGAGGGUGAAGAGGUUAGGAUAGAUUGAUAAAUUCCUUGCCCACCAACCCGACCCGAAUGUCAAGCUUCUGUCAAAAUGGGGGCGUGUCUGACAAGCUUUUUGGAGGGAGUUCAGAAAAGCGUCAGGGAUGCGUAGCUGUCAUGUAUGUAGUUGUCGUGAAGGUGCUUGGCCACAUGGGGCGCUCUCACGUGGACCGUUCAGUCUGGCAGGCCUUAAUAUCCUCAGAGUUUGUGCGUCGUUAUCAUUUGCAUGUUUAAAUAUCGAGUAUCAUUAUUUUAGGACGAUUUGCACAUUAAGGUCAGGCAUUCCAGAAGCCUUCGGAGUACAAAGAAGCAGGAACGCCUGCUUCUCAUCUACUCUGGAGGUUGGCCAUGCAUCUGAAGACAUUGUACAUAUUAAAGGGAGGCUUGGUUGUCAUUAGCAACAAUUUAUUUUGUCGGUAUCAACUUGUACCUUGUUUCAAAGAGAUGCUACAAUGAUUACACUGUUAGGAUGUAGAGCUAAGAAGAAAAUAUUAAGCGUGCCGAGUGUAUAGGAGGAAAUAUGGGUAAAAAUUGUAUCUGUAAAGCUGCAGUACACUAUAGGUUUGUCUUUCCAGUCUUUAUUCAUGAUUAAGGUGCCAUCGUGCUAUUUAUUUAUUGAAUUGUUUAUAUAUCGUUUAUUUAUUCAUUUGUUUGAAAUCUAGCAUACUUGAAACUUGAAAAGAGAUAGGCAAGCUACAGGGUUAGACCAGAGUACUGAGAUCUAACUAAACAUCUCUGACGGAAAUUCAUAGCAAAAUCGGGUGAGAUUUGCAGGAAAAUCAGACCGAUGUUUUAAAGACAGAUUUGAAAUUGCCAUUAGGAAGAUACCAUCAUUCCUUCCAUGUGGGGGGGGAGGGGCUUGCUCUGUGUCUCUUCCUCUCCCUUGCACGCACAUGCAUUUAAGACUUGACCGAAUGUAAUGGUCCAUGCCUUAACAAUCGCCAGGCUUCUCCCCCAUCUCAUACACAUAGAUGUGUCCCUCCCAAAGCACUGAUGGAUGUUCUUGUCGGUUGUCAUUUUGCUGGUUCGUUCACGCUGCCAGUCGGUCCAUCCCAUACCUUGGAAGUCUUGGUGCCACUAACGACAAAUUAGCAAAGCAGGCUAAACAGAUGGAUAACCACCAGUUAAUUUAAUUAUAGGUUAAGAUUUCUUAAGCACAGUGAAUUCUGCAUGUAUAUUGAGUAGUCCACAGUGAUAAGGACAAUUUUGUCUAUAUUGACAUAUAAGCAACAGUCUGCUUUGUAAUGCUUUGCAAGUUGUUGAGAGAUGAUCGACACACACACACACUUUAUAUAUAUAUAUAUGUAUAUAUUUAUAUAUAUAUAUGUGUGUGUGUGUGUGUGUGUGUGUAUAUAUAUAUAUAUAUAUAUAUAUAUAUAUAUAUAUAUAUAUAUAUAUAAAUAAAAAAAACACACACACAUCCUGGGAAUCAGUGGCCUCUGGUGGCUCCUCUCUGCUAUAGCACAUGCACUGGUAAUCCUUAUUGUUCUGGACAGCAAAUCAUGCAUCAAUCAAGUAGGCGAAUUUAAAAUUAUUUGUUGUAGUAGAUUGAUUGAUAUCUUGAAGCAGAAUAUUGAAGAAAAAAGGCCAAAAAUGCCAGAUUAGUUUGCCAAAAAAAUCUAGUCCUGUAUUUCCGCUACAGUAUCAAGUGUUUACUGGUAUCUACUAUACUGAACACAAUAUAUGUAUUAUAUGUAUGAUAUACAGAAGCUGAGUAUGUCUUUUCAGUAAUAUGAACUUUACUACAGAAGUUGCCUACUUACAAAAUCCAGGACUCUCCCGGCGCUGUUCUUUAUCGUGACAGGUGGAGGCACUGUAGUUUGGCUGUACUGUAGCUCACCCGCAUCCAUAUGCCAUCCUUUCUGUCCGUUGUGUCUCGUGGACAUUUUGCAUCCCAUGGCUUCAGGCUAACAUUGCAUUUGGAGGAUCGUUUGCACACUGUAAUCGCUCCAGAAACGAGCUUCCCCCUCCCACGCACCGGCAAACCAACUCUGCCCCCUGCAUGCCCGUCAGCAUGUCUGUGGCACCAAAUUGCGGUCACUUUCCGUCACAUAGUGUCUUCCGCUGACUCAAGUACAGCUCAAUAAUAAUAAUAAUAAUAAUAAUAAUAAUAAUAAUAAUAAUACUAAUAAUAAUAACACGACUUUGAAAUAUACUGGGUGGCAAACAGGUCACAAAAUACCAAAAUGAAAACCAGCGCUGUUACCCCGUAAAAAAAACACCAGUCCUGAAUCUUUAUUUUCAGGCCUCGGGAAUUUAACUCGGUAGUUAAAUUCUCUUCCCUAUAGCUGUUAAACUAUUAUUGACCCAGUAGCUUAGCUCAUAGAAAUCACUUAAGCAUUUUAAAGUGACCGAUCACUUCCUUUCUAGUGCGUUUAUCCAGAAUGACCUUAGCGAGUGCCAGAUUUCCCAGCAUAGGUGUAUAUUAAAUUAUGAGGUCGUAAUGCUUUUACCUGUAGUGUCCUGAUCCGGUGAUCUUUGCGAUCGGUAUGUCUUCAUGAAGUGAUGCACAUUGCGCGUUUUCUGGAACGAACAGCCAGCUCAUCUAGUCUGCAUUUUCAGUCAUUAUUUCCGAUUCGUGCAAUAUCAGACUAGUCAUUAUUGAUCACGGCUACUGACUUAUUAAGAAGAAUGUAUAAAUGUAGUGGUACUACUGUGACUUAAGUUUCACUCCAUCACGGGAAACGUCGAUGGGACUGAAUGGGAUCUGAGGCCAGCUGGCUGUAGAGGUUGCCCGGUCCGCUUGCUCGUCUACCCGGCCAACACAGUGCAGCUCCCUGAAAGUGUACUGCAGCUUUGCCGUCUGUUUCCACAUCGUACGGGAAUCUUUAGCUAUCGUUAUGUAUUUAAAAAAAAAAAAGCAUGACCGAAAAAAAUCCUAUGCAAGUGUUGCAUGAAACCUGAUUGUUUCUUUAUGCAGUUCUGAUAUAUUUUACUGAUGAAUUCAUUGUUCUUCUCCUUUUCAUUAAUAUUGUCGUAUCCCGCAUUAUAAAGAGUUAUUCUGUUUUUCGUACACCUAUUUAAAUAGCACACAUCCACGCAGGCUUCCGUCUUUCUUUAACUUGACAGCUUUUGGCGGAAACCACCCAGGAGCGACUAGGAUUGUAAUAUUGCGUCAUACAGAAUACAGACCACAGAACACCGAAAACAUCCCUACAUGAUAAAUAUGGUAUUAUUUCGCAUGAUGAAAUACAUGGGUUCAGAAUGCAUCUGUUUACUUAAACCGAUAAAGGAAAAAAUAGGCCUACUUAAAGGAGGAUCAAGUGAUUCUGUUUACUUGUCCCGUAAAUUAGGCAAAUUACAAAGUUUACUAUUAAAUUAUUAAAUGCGAAUAAAGGCAGGGAAUGCCAUUCAUCGUUGCCUCAUUAAAAUUGAUGGGUACACUGAAGAGGUUUUAUAUCGGCCCAAUGUCAGUAUUGUCAACGUCAAUUUAGUACCAAAGGUACUAUAAUGACAUACUGGUAUUCUGCAACACAUAAUAACCUUUUCUCAACUAGAUGAUGAAAGAACAAUGAAAUAAUCCUCCAUUAGCAUAUCACUGAUACAGGCAUCAGUGUGAAAGAAUAAAUAAUUUUAUGACCACUGAAAAAUAACUUGCUGUAAUUCACAGUGGUCUUUUCUGAAUAAAAUCCUCUAGAAACAUUCCAGUUUUCCAAGGGAAGGCAGACUUGGGAGUCUACCCACGCAAUUUUUUUUGUAAGAUUUUGGUAGUCAUUUCAUCUUUCAUGCCGCAUUAAGAACUACAAGAGUGUGUAACUUGCGUCAGUGAAAUUGUAAUCCGAACACAGUGUAACAAAAAAUGCACUACAUUAUUUUUUUAAAAAAAUAUCUGGCCGUGUUUAUGUUUUUGUUAGUUAAAUCAUAAAGUCAUAUUUAUGCAACGACUGAUAAAAAUACUCUCAAACUACUUGUACCAAAAAAGGUCAAUACCUACUAUUUUUAGAAAGUGUUUGUUUUUAUAUUUAUUUUGGGUAGAGGCUCGUAAAUUUAUGCACUUCCUUUUGUUCGAUGAUCUUCCCAGUGGACCAAUACAGUCAUUGAAAAAAAUGCUGAUGUUUUGGAAAUCUGAAGCACAAUUUUUACAGUAAUUAUAAGCUAACGGUUUCCUUUAUCAGACAAAUUCUGUAUGCAAUACAAAGCCUAGCAUUGAACGACGGCGCCUCGCGCCAUCAAGACUUCCUCUUCUGUGUAGGUAAACUUUUUAAAAAUUGCACUAUUUUAUUUUUGAUGUCUGCUUUGUAAUGCAAUAAAUGCACUAAAUGUUACCAUGUUCCCACUCCGACCACUUAAAAUGUGCUGAUUUUCCUUCCCUGGAAUUUCUGAGAAAAAAAAAAGAAAAAUGUACUUCCUGCCUGAUGCUGUAUAGGAUGCUUUCUAUCAAAAUAUAAAUUUAAAAUGCUAAAAACUACAAUAAACAUAAUCUUUUAUGUA